AGGAAUUUCAUCUUCGGUGCCGCCACGGCCUCCUACCAAAUAGAAGGCGCCUGGAACGAAGGAGGAAAAGGUGCCAGUACUUGGGACGAAUUCGUCCACAGAAUCCCAUCGACCAUGUACAACAACGACACAGGAGAUGUCGCCUGCGACUCGUACCACAGGUACAAAGAAGACAUCAAAUUGGCAGCCGAUCUCGGCCUCCAAGCCUUCAGAUUCUCCAUUUCAUGGCCCAGAGUUUUACCUACCGGUUUCACCGACAACAUCAACGAAG